AUGACCCGUUCGUCUGUGAAAAGACGAAGUUCACACCGCUCAUCUAAGAUCCGUCCCAUCACCAUGCCAUUGGAACCCUUGAAGGAGUUCCAGGGCAUGGACACGACGGAACGGAUCUUCCUGGAGGCGGUGGAGCGAGGGGACAAACACACCGUCAUCCGCUGUCUCCAGGGCUCCAACCCUGUCAAUGUAAACUGUACCAACAUGCUGGGUCGUUCCGCCAUUCAGAUCGCCGUAGACAACGAGAACGUUGAAUUGGUGGAAGUACUUCUACAACAAGAUGGCGUCCGCAUUGGGGACGCGUUGCUGUACGCUAUUAGGGAAGGCGUGUACAAGAUUGUGGAAAUGUUAAUUGAUCACCCGUCAAUUACUUUAGACAUGUUGGGCUCAGAUUGGUCAAAGUGUCGUCGCUCGGGAGAGGAGAGUUCCGAUUACUCGCAGGACAUAUCUCCCGUCAUUUUAGCAUCCCAUUGCAACCAGUUCGAGAUUCUGCAACUGCUCAUCCUCCGGGGAGCGGAGAUCAAACAGCCCCAUCAACUCUCCUGUUCAUGUAAGGUUUGUCAGGAGCACGUGCAUGAAGACAGUUUACGUCACUCUUUGUUGAGGAUUAACACAUACAAAGCUCUUGCUAGUCCAGCGUGGAUCUCCUUGACCAGUCCUGAUCCGAUUCUCACGGCUUUCCGACUUUCAUGGGUACUACAAAAACUGGCACUCAGAGAGAACGAAUUUAAGGACACUUAUAUGCUCCUGAGCGAACAGUGUAAGAAAUAUGCUUGUGAUUUGAUUGAUCAAUGUCGCACGAGUGAGGAAGUCAUCGCCGUCCUCAACAAAGAGAGCGACGACGAGGAUUCUGAUGACAGACAGUACGGUUUGAUGGACAAUAACAAACUCACUCUAGCCAGGUUAAAACUUGCUCUUAAAUACGAGCAAAAACAGUUUGUGGCACAUCCGCACUGCCAGCAGCUAUUGACGUCCAUUUGGUAUGAAGGUUUGCCCGGCUGGAGGAAGAGGAAUGGAGUGACUAAAUUCUUACUUUGUAUCGGCCUCAUUCUCCUUGUCCCGUUCAUGGCUGUGUAUUAUCUCAUUUUCCCACGCAGUAAGAUUGGCCAGCUUCUACGAAGUCCAUUCAUGAAAUUUCUAUAUCACAGCGCAUCAUUCGGAGUGUUUCUGUUUCUACUAGUAUGUGUUUCCACUGAAAUCAGUGGCGACUCGAACAGGGAACGUUUCAGAGGACCACCGCCGUCACAGCUAGAAUGGUUCAUUGUGUUUUGGGUGACUGGAUUUGUGUGGCAGGAAGUGAAACAGUUAUGGGAAGAGGGACUAAAAGCUUAUAUCCGUCAAUGGUGGAACUGGUUGGAUUUUAUAAUGUUGUCACUGUACCUGGCUACUUUCUCUUUACGUCUCGUCGCGUACAUCCUUAUCACAUCAGAUAAAUACGGUCCCAGAGAAAUGGCUCGGAGUGAUUGGCCUUCUUUUGAUCCAACACUUAUUUCGGAGAGUUUGUUUGCUGUAGCAAACGUGUUCAGUUUCUCUAGAAUAAUUUACCUAUUCCAGGCGAACCAACACCUAGGGCCGAUGCAGAUCUCGCUUGGUUGCAUGCUUAUUGAUAUUGCUAAGUUCCUCUUCAUUUUCUUCCUCGUCCUUACAUCGUUUGCCUGUGGCCUGAACCAGCUCUAUUGGUACUAUAAUGGAAGUCGAUCAGAGGGAGACCCAGACUCCUUUUAUACGUUGGGCGAGUCUUACAUUACAUUAUACUGGUCACUGUUUGGACUGACCGCCCUGAAGGACAUAAAGAUUCCUCAAGGUCAGUACUUCACUGAACUGAUGGGAAUGCUGCUUUUUAUGGCUUAUCACGGUAUGGCUUCAAUCGUCCUCAUCAACAUGCUGAUAGCCAUGAUGUCCAACUCCUACCAAAAUAUAGAGAACCACGCGGAUAUGGAGUGGAAAUUUUGCCGCUCCAAGCUUUGGAUGGGCUACUUUGACGAAGGAUCAACCCUUCCCGCUCCCUUCAACCUCAUCAUCAGUCCAAAGUCCAUUUAUUACUGUCUUCGUUCGUGUAACGCUUUCCUCUGCAAGUGUUUCCGUUCCCGCCGGUACAAAAAACGUCAGCAUCGCACCUCAUCCGGGACGAUCAAGACCGGGGAGAGUGGAUCCGGACUGCGACGUAUAGUGAAACAGUCCAGACCUGCUUUCAACGGAGAACCUUACAGCAUCCCUCCAUCCUACUCCCAGUUAAUAUACCAGGAUGUAAUGAGACGGCUGGUCAGUAGAUACAUUCACCAAACCAAGAAACAACGACAACAGGACGGGGUCAAUGAAGACGACUUGUUAGAGAUCAAACAAGACAUAUCUAGUCUAAGGUAUGAGCUGAGAGAAGAUCGAAAGCGGGAAAUAGCUCGCGGGGAGAAUCAUUUUGAAAGUUUGAAGCACGAGAUUCUGUCGGUUGUAAAGAAAGGUUCUACUGCUGGGAGUCAUCACCAUGGACUCGCAGGGAGCUGUAAUGAUAGCCAGGGGACCGGUACAUCUAGCCAUUCAGUUGCUGAUUUUCAACACCUGAAGCAGGAACUCAUCUGUAGUCUGCGGCAGGAACUGAGGGAGGCUGUGUCCGAAUUGUCCAGUUACAGCUCCGCACAGGGAUUAACUGGAAAUACAGGCCUCACUUUACCACCGGCUGAGUCUGAGCUGUACCAAACCCAUCUCUACACACAGUUGUGAUGUUCCACACACUUCUCUGUAUACAGGUGUGAUGUUUCGCACACCAACCUAUAUACAAGUGGGAUGCUCCACACACCUCUCUAUAUACAAUUGUGACGUAUCACACACCUUUCUACAUACAGUUGUGACGUAUCACACACCUUUCUACAUACAUUUGUGACGUAUCACACACCUUUCUAUAUACAAUUGUGACGUAUCACACACCUUUCUACAUAUAGUUGUGACGUAUCACACACCUCUCUAUAUACAAUUGUGACGUAUCACACACCUCUUUAUAUACCAUUGUGACGUAUCACACACCUUUCUACAUACAGUUGUGACGUAUCAAUCACCUCUCUUUAUACACUUAUGACGUAUCACACACCUCUCUAUAUACAGUAGUGACGUAUCACACACCUCUCUAUACACAAUUGUGACGUAUCACACACCUUUCUACAUACAGUAGUGACGUGUCACACCUAUGUAUAUACAAUUGUGACGUAUCACACAUCUUUUUACAUACUGUACCACAUUUUAGACUUGCUAACAGCUCAGUAAAUGUUGCUGGUGUAUUGUUUAUAUAAAUAAUUCUGAAAUGUGACGAAGAUUUUUUAAUAUAUGGUUAAUUAUGGUGUUAAAAGCGUAGACUGACGGUAUGUUCAAAUUGCUUUUAAUUUUAUUUCAUUCAAACAUUUUCUUUAGUACAUAUUUUUGCGUAGUAAGCGGUAUGGGAAGGUUGUUAAUUCCACAGGUCUUUUCGGCAUCGUUAUAAUUUCUAUAUACACUGAGUAUUACCCGGUACAGGGUGGUAACAUAUUCAACUGGUUUUUUCGGCUCUGCUUUACAUGUAGUUCUACAAUUUUGCGUACUUUAAAGCGUACGAGAUCGUGAUCAAAUCUACUGGACUUUUUGGGCUACGCUAUAAAUUCGUGUACGGUAAGGUAGUAGAAAAUGUACGAAUGUGAUACACUAGGAUUACAAUUAGGUCGAGUAGUAACAAUGUAUGUAAUUUAAGUAGAAGUAAAUCCUGCUAUAGUGUUGAUUUGCCCAAGCAUUCUCCGACCAUCUCGUGUUUAUUACUUAUAUGUCGGCAAGAUGAGGCGUGCAUUUCAACAGGUCAGUCAAUGGAUUUAGUUUCUUACCAACUUUUUAAAGCUUAAACAGGGUGGCUAUGGGAUAUAUUGUGAAGUUUUGGGUUGGAUUGCACUGAAACCGUUAAUUUGUUUUGAAGCAUUACCACGAUUUGUCUUGUAAGCCAUCUGGUUAUGUUGUAGCAGGCCGGUUAUAAAUCGGGAAGAGGGGUCCCAUACAUUCUCGCACAUUUACGAUUAAAUUUUAAACAACGCAUGUCGUAAUCGACUUAAAAACAUAACAUAUAUCCAUUUGACUACUCAUUUGUCUCAUAAAAAGAUGGUAAAGUGUGAUUACCGAAACGUCACAAACAGAUUCGAAAAUCAUAUUACACAUUACUUACCAACUGAUAAAAAUGUUUCACAACUUCGGAUUUAGAAAAAAAACCCACAUCACAACAUUUAAACAGUUUAAGACACACCAUACUAUGUGUAACAGUUAGGACACGAUAACAUUGUUAAUAGUUUUUGGUUUCUAGAACAUAUAGAUAUUUUCUCUGUAAUUAAAGACCUCCGGCAACAUUUGUUAUAUUUUAACAUGUGAGCUCUAAUCAAAUACAAGAUAUCAUGUGGUGAAGACAGGUGGUGACUUAGAGACGAAGACAAGAUAUCGUGUGGUGAAGACAGGUGGUAACUUAGAGACGAAGACAAGAUAUCGUGUGGUGAAGACAGGUGGUAACUUAGAGACGAAGACAAGAUAUCGUGUGGUGAAGACAGGUGGUAACUUAGAGACGAAGACAAGAUAUUGUGUGGUGAAGACACGUGGUAACUUAGAGACGAAGACAAGAUAUCGUGAGGUGAAGACAGGUGGUAACUUAGAGAUGAAGACACGAUAUCGUGUGGUGAAGACACGUGGUAACUUAGAGACGAAGACAUGCUAUCGUGGUAAAGACACGUGGUAACUUACAGACGAAGACAAGAUAUUGUGUGGUGAAGACAGGUGGAAACUUAGAGAUGAAGACACGAUAUCGUGUGGUGAAGACAGGUGGUAAUUUAGAGACGAAGACAAAAUAUCGUGUGGUGAAGACAGGUGGUAACUUAGAGACGAAGACACGAUAUCGUGGUAAAGACACGUGGUUACUAAGAGAUGAAGAUCGAUAUCAUGUGGUAAAUACACGUGGUAACUUAGUAAUUGAUGCUUGUGCGUCAAGCUAUUAGGUGCUAUAGCCUUGCGGUCAUAGGUGUUACAUAGUCGUGGUAUAGUUAUAGAUGUCAUAGCGUCGCGGUUAUAGAUGUCAUAGCGUCGCGGUUAUAGAUGUUAUAGCGUCGCGGUUAUAGAUUUUUUUGUGUCGCGGUUAUAAAUGUUAUAGUAUCGCGUUUAUUGAUAUUAUAGCGUCGUGAUGAUUGAUAUCAUAUCAUCCCGAUUAUGAAUUUUUAGCAUCGCGGUAAUAGAUGUUAUAGCGUCGAGUUUAUAGAUGUUAUGGCGUCGCGGUUAUAGAUGUUAUAGCGACGCGAUUGUAGAUAACAUAUCAUGGCGGUUAUAGAUGUUAUAGCGUCGCGGUUAUAGAUUAAGUAAUAAGACAUUACUAUCAUAGAUGUUACGUUUUAUAUAUGGGGGCUUCACUGUUGUAGAUGAUUAUCUUAAAACAUGUUGAUUAUCUCGAUCGUUUGUUGUAAUUAAUUUUAUACCAAUAAAAUAGAUUUUGUA